AUGGAAAGUUCCACUCCCACAUUCUUCUCAUCAGAUUCUCCUUCGUUGGACUGGGAGGAGGAUGAAAACAAACUGUCUAUUGAUGAGAUACCUUCGGAACUUGAAGCUGUCCUUCGUUAUCUUUCUAUUAUUAUUUACAGCAUUGCCUUUCUGCUGGGUACAGUUGGUAAUGGUCUUGUCAUUUGGAUUGCUGGCUUUCGGAUGAAAAGGACGGUUAAUACUGUAUGGUUCUUGAACUUGGCAAUUGCUGACUUCAUCUUCACGUUCUUUUUGCCUCUCAGCAUUGCCUACACAGCUCUUGGAUUUGACUGGCCUUUUGGAACCCUACUGUGCAAGUUAAACAGCACUGUUGCAUUCCUCAACUUGUUUGCCAGUGUUUUCUUGCUCACUGUUAUCAGUGCUGACCGGUGUGUCUCUGUGGUAAGGCCAGUGUGGUCUCAAAACCACAGAACUCCAAGAUUGGCUUCCAUGAUUGCACUUGUUGUAUGGAUGGCAGCGUUUUUCCUUUGCUCCCCUUAUUUGGCUUUCCGAGACACCAUUAGAGAUGAUGAAGCCAAUGUCACUCACUGUUACAACAAUUAUGCCUUCUCAAAUGACUUUAGUGACAUAGAUGUGGUAGCUUUAAGGUCCAUGAGACACCAGAUCAUGAUUUCAGUUCGUUUUCUGUUUGGAUUUCUGUUCCCAUUUGGUCUUAUCCUUGUUUUUUACUCUUUGAUGGCUUUGAAACUGAGGAGAAGUCAUCUAUCAUGGUCUAGUAGGCCUUUCAGAGUCAUGGCUUCAGUUGUGGUUGCCUUCUUUCUAUGUUGGUUUCCUUAUCACAUCCUUUCGGUCCUGGAGGUGGUCAUGCACCACUGUGAGAGCAAGACUCUAAACAUUGCUGUUCUUAUUGGAAGUCCCUUGGCUACUAGUCUUGCAUUUUUCAACAGUUGCCUAAACCCCUUCCUGUAUGUGUUCCUGGGUAGAGAUUUCAAAGAAUCAUUAAGAAGAUCCAUACUUUCUGCUUUUGAAAGUGCCUUCUCUGAGGAACCUGGAAAAACAAGUGAUUAUCGGUUAAAGUCUAGAUCUCUGACUGACCAGGAGUUUCAGUUUACCUGAUUAAACCUGGACAAAAAAAAAACACACCCAUCUAAAUAAGAGAAUAUUUGUAAUCAGAACUCAUGUAUCACAAUCUGUAUUAUCUGUUACAGCAGUUAGAAUUAACACGUAUUAUUUUUCUUCUUAAGUCCUACUAUAGGAUUUCAGGAGAAAAGCAGAUUUAACAAGAAAUUCUGUCUUUAUGUUUCAGUGGACUGUAAUUGGUAGAAACAUCCUCUAGGUGGAGCACUUUGUGAAUAUGCCCACUCUAUACAUUUAUUUUAUUUGUACGUUUGACAAAGCAAUAUUAGCACUGAAUGAAUUAAGCAGUAUGCUAAUUUUGGCAAUCAUAAUAAUUUAUCCAAUUGAGUCCUGGUAUGGUAAGCAACAAAUGUUUCAUUCA